AUGUUAAUACUUCCUUGUUACUUCUGUUCCGAUUUAGUGGAUGAAGAUAGCUCCUCAACCUCAGGAAAAAGUACAUCAACAUCUCCUAAAGCUGCUAACGAAGAUACAGAUAGUUACCUCAGUUCCUCGCCUUGGAUCAAACCUGAGUGCGAUGAUGUACUCCAUGAUUACGAACCCCCCUCGGCCGACAGUACGCAGUCGGGUGCCGGUCCAGUGGUAUCUUGCAGGCCGAGCGUCACCAUCACUCUUCCAAUCUACCCACCCCCAGAAAAAGCCAUGCAACCUCCCCGUGUUCCGACUUCAACGUUCGGAGCCUUCCCGAUCGACAAGGUGUCUAUCGCUCCUGUGGCUUCACUUCAGAUAGUCUCCGUUAGUAAUCUUCCUGCUUUGAGGAAUACUUUUUCUCCCACAUCCCCACCUCCGUCUACCUCGAAUUGUAGCAACUCUUUGGUUCGGAUUUCUUGCACGACCCCGACAACUGUUGUUCCGGACUUACCUAAUAGUUCAUCUGGCUCACCUUCCGUCCCACCUUCUGAGGGCUUCACGGUUACUCCGGUAGAAGAACUGCAAGCCGAAACAUCCCGGUUCACUUUUCCAUUCGGUUUUCUGGAUGACCUCUUACCUGAGAAUGAUCCAACACGGUCCGCCUAUAUCCACUACAAGUGCACUCGUUUACGUUAUCCGUUGUCGUUAGCUGUGGCUAUGUCAAAGCUUUCUGACCUAUCAAAACUUGCUACGGUGCCCAUAGAACUACCCAAUCCGUCAGGCGCACCUGCUCGAAGGAAGUCUUUCUCGAAGUGUCGUCGACCAGAUCACGGCUUCCUGGAAAUAGACUCUAGUCAUUUCUCGCUGAACUCCUCUUGCCCCGGUUUCUCAUCUGAAGCUAAUCCACCCACGCCACCAACAUCAAACCACCCUCGAACAAAAGCCCAACUUAGAAGCUUGCGCAGGUCAGACCGUCAUCCGGAGACUCCCAAAGAGCGAUCUCCGACACCCGUGUCCCCGGUUCUUCGCACAACCGUUGCUGCAACAUGCUACACCAGUAGAAUAUCUGCUGGUCGCAGGUCGACAAUACCCCGCCAGCGGCGUCGAUCCACGGGUAACAUGCCUUCUUCGAAUCCACUGGGUUAUCACCAUGACAAAAUAGAUGCAUUCGCAGCCCAGAACAAACCGAACAUUGCAUUACUCGUCGUCGCUUUUGUUCGACAUUACAGGCCCAUCAGGAACCAUAUGGGUACUUCAAGCAGACUUCCGUUGCUGGGAACUCUUGCUCUUAACGAGGUUUUCGUUACUGGGUUUUGUUGUUACCUCAACACAAAUUUUCGUACCGUUAUAUUUGUACUCGCCUGUCGUUUUUUCCCAGUCUCUGCCGAUUCACUUCCACCUUGUCUCAUCCGUUCUGGACGACGCCCUCAGCAACAGCCCCCUGUAAUCGUUAUCGAGGAUGAUGAUAGUCCAGAAGUUCCUGCCUCGCCCUGCGCUCCAGAUUCACCUAUGCGUUCAUUGAAUCUCUGCCAAAAUAAGUCCUCUUUCGAUCGAGACUUUAUGUCUACACUCCCAGUAACGAUUUCCAAGCAGUGUCUAUCCGGCCUGUCCAUUUUGAGCUCUCAACAGUUGUACGAAGUUCCAGGCUCACGUGUUCCCUAUUGGAUUUCCCUCAAGUUCCCAGGUGAUUCUCGGCCACGUCCCACGAAUUACCUUCUUUUAGGGGAUGUUGCUCGCAUCGUUUGCCUUCUUAUGGCUGAUCCCAGCAAUGCAUCCUGUCUGGAGCCUGUGCUCAAACACUGUUGUCGUACCUGUCAUCGGGUGUUGGUCAAACAUUUGAAAUUGAGAAUUCCUUCUGCAUAUGUUAACGUUAGUGCGCUCGUCCAGCAAAAGUAUCCUUUAGGCUUACCUACUGGCCAGCCGAUUUAUAGUUUACCAGUGAUUCCUUGGCCUUCGAAUUACCCUUACACGGCAGCGCUCGGACUCGCCUGGAAAAAGUUGCCUUUUGGUAAGGGUUGGGCGGAUGCCGUCUCAGAUUCGCUUUUGAUGAAGACAGCUACUCUGAUUAUGCAAACGGAGCCCAGUCGAUUAGGACUGGGGUGUACUGACAACGGGACGAAAACUUCUGUCACGAUGUCUUCUAAUCCACUAUCUGCCAUCUCUCUGCCUACUGCACCGAAACCCAAAUCCAAAAACGGGAUAAAUGAUCCUCCACGCCCCAGUCCACAUUUGCCUCUUUCUAUUCAGAGACGCUUUCUGCUUCGUGACUGUCUUCCACAGCGGCAAUACCAAGGGUUGGAACAAAUCGCGAAGUGCCUCAAAUCGAUCACUCGCCGCAUGUUUGUGGAUACUAAGUCAACCUUCGAAUGGCGACCACUCGGCAAACCCCGGGGUCCGUCGGUUGACAUUCUCAAUACUAACUUGUUCACUUGCCUAUUUGACGUCCACUCAACUUUGUCUGUAUGUUUGCGAUGCCUGCGCGAUUCUUAUGCAUCGCUUAUUUCUGCUGGGUCUUGUCUCACUGCCCGGUUGAAACUGUCCGAAUUGCUGGAUACGGAUGUGGAUCAGCUACGCAUUGAACGUGGACGUGCGAGGCUAUUCCCUAGUGAAACAGUUGCACGGCAUAAUAUUGUCCGCAUUUUGUGUGAAGAGAUACAUCCACAACUUUUUAAUCUUGUGGAGCAGGUUAACAGGACCCACCUGAUCUUACGACAGUUGUGUAACGAAGUGAAUCUUUUAGGUCCCUUUGUCCCAACACAGACCCGUUGCUCCUCGCAAACUUAUUCAGCAACCGCACGGGCUUUAAUCUUGGAAGCCCUAGGUGGUCAGGUACCGGAAUCUGUAAUAUUAACAGACGGUUGGGCAGAUUUUAUGCACCUGAUUCAAGAGAUUUAUGACUUUUUGUGCGAUAUCGUCGGAUCUUUCACCUACCAGCUUAGCACGAAAUUACUGGAAUUUAAAUCGGGUUUAUCUAUGACCGCUCGCUCCAUUUCUCUUUCUUGGAUUCCUGCGUUUGGCAGAACUCAGAAGUCGAUUGAUGCGCGAGCCAGUGAAGAUCUGAAAUUUCUUGCUGUUUCGUUGCAAAAGCAGUAUGAUGUUUUGGAAGCGUGGCUUCGUGCCCAGCACAACGUUAUACUGCCGGAGAUCGGCAAUCGACUUCUAGGACUAUUCCACAAGCUAUUUAAAGUUAAAGAUGGAAUCGCAAAUUCACAGGAUUGGGUGCUUCCCAAUGUCCGCUUAUUUGUUCCUUAUGGAUCGAAAAACCCUAGUGAAUUCAACUCAAUCAAAGACCUUGGCACACCUUUUGUCGAACUGCCUUCGUGGCCACCGACAGUCGAUGGUCUUUCCGAGCAGUCUGUUUCCCAAAACCCACCUGUUACCACGACUUCACCUGGUCUGCUUACGUUAUUACUUACUCCUGCAUCUUCCGCUGAGCCGGACAACUUUCGAAAGGUCCACUCUUUCCGUACAAUUUGCACCACCGGAUCAACCCCUCCUGGUUUGGUGGCAUCUGUCUCCAGCCAUUGCUCUCCUCUUUCAGCUGAAUCCCAUGUUGUUUGUUCCAGUACUAGUGCCAAACGCAUAUGCAUUGACCUAUCACAAAAUCCUGAAGAGGAUUCGACUAUCAUAAACUCUUGUCACACAAGUGUGGACGACAUAGAUUUUGUUGAGUGUACCGGAACCAGUACCAUCGAUCGGCGGCGUCUCGGUCAACUUAAACGUAAAAUCAAAAUUUCUCAUGCGGCGACGAAUGAUUCUAAUGCAACUCAACGGACAGUUUCUGAGGGAAGUGACUCCGAAGCGUCCGCAAAUGAGUGCGCACUUGAUGGUAGCUCCACCGAUCACGACGAUGGUAUCCAGUCUGUGCAAAGAUCACCCGAGGCCGUUGAAACUUCCAAGGUCCAGCAAAAUCCACUGUCGAGUGGCGAUGGUAUCGCAGUCACCGAACAAACUAUAUCUCUUCCAACUUCUGUCUCCUCCUGCGUAUGUGAAAACAACAGUCUAGAACAACGUGAUUCGUGUGGCACACAACAGGAUUUAGCAAUGGCUUCAGCAGACAAACAUUCGUUUUUGAGUGUGGACACGAUGCUGGUCAGUACUACCGCUUCACCUAUCAGUGCGCCGUUGGUAUAUGCCGGCUUCAGUGGUAGUGAACCAUACAGCGCUGUACAUUCGGCACCAGUAUUUCCAGAAUCAUGGACCAAAUCUCCUGGGUCGCUUGGUAAACCUUCCAUCUCAUCAGCCGUUGAUCCUUCGUCUCACUUGAUGCGACAGUCGUCUACAAAUGCAAGUCUUGACAUUGAGCAAGUUGCAGCGAAUCUGGAUAGGCUAGUUCCAUGGCUAGAACAAAAAACAAGCUCUACUCACGUUCCAGGUCCGAUCACAGCUGCUGUCCUUUCUCAGUCGAGCAGCUCGUUAUCCCACGGUUGUGAUCUAGCCAUUGAUUUAACUUCAGACGAUUAAAGAGCUUUACCGUAUCUCCUAAUUACCCAUUCUUCUCAUUUCGUGCAGUUUGUAAAUCGGUGGUGCAUUUUUGCGCUUUUCUUUUUUUAUUAUUUCAUUCUUUUAUAACAACCAGAUUACUAUGUUUUACAUAGACUAUGCCUUGUAGAUAUUUGUUUAUCAUACCCGGUCACUAGUCAUUUUACCAGUUUUCUUAUCUGACGCGAGUUUCGUGGCGUAUUAGCCCAAUCAAUAUUGUAAGAACCAAUCAACCGGUCAGCGUUCAUAAGUUAGUUGAUUCUAUUUUGUAUUUCAUUUGGCUUGUGCUUCUCCGCAAGAUGAGACACAGUCAGAAUCCGAAUAAGCGAACUUUGUGCAUCCCACAAUUUCCUGCGUCGACACUGAAAGACAUUUUGCAGGCCAGAACCCACUGGCACACAUGUACAUAUUGUCGAUUGCUUUGCUGACUACGCAUUCUCAGAGUCUGUUGUGUUUCGGUAAAUAGUCAGUAUGUCUUGUCGCGUAAACUGGCUUCCUUUUGCCAUCUAGGUUACAGUACAUUCGAUUACUUAACCUGACAUCCCCG